UAAACAUAAUCAAAUUAGUUAAUGUAAAUACUGUUUCAAUAUCAACUUAUACUCGAUUAAUUUUGUAUCUGUUUUGUAUAGUAAUCAUUUGAUAAAAAUUCAGAAACUGCUAUUCUUUGUAUCAAUUUAAAAGAAGCAUGCUUCUCACGUGUUGUCAUAUUACAUCAUAAAGAGUAACGAACCAUGCUUUAUUUGAACUUAUCGUCUUCCCGGUAAUCUGCCUUCUUGAUUGACCUUUAAAGUGCUAUUUUUGUUGUUUAUUAUUUGGUAUUCAAUUUGGAAAUUAAUUUAAGCAAAUCAAACAAAACACCAUGAAGGAUGUAGAUAAUAAACAUCUAAAAACCUUCUUAGCUGGUGGUAUCGCGGGUAUGGCUUCAAAAACAACAGUAGCACCGUUGGACCGAGUCAAAAUACUCUUACAAGCUCAUAACACUCAUUAUAAACACAAUGGUGUAUUUAGUGGACUUCGAGACAUUGUCAGGCGAGAAAAAUUCUCAGGACUUUAUAGAGGAAAUGGAGCUCAAAUGGUGCGAGUUUUUCCCUAUGCAGCUGUUCAAUUUUUUACUUUUGAAAUUUAUAAGAAGCAUUUACUGACGACUUUUGGUAACAACCAUUUUUUGAAACUAUUUGCUGGUUCAGGUGCUGGUAUUACUGCAGUCAUCAUGACUUAUCCAUUAGAUUUAGUUCGAGCUCGUUUAUCUUUCUCAGUUGAAUUUGCCUCAGCAAACGGUGCUACUGCAGCUUCUGGAUACUUUUCAUCUCCUCCUGGUCUCAGAAUUUGGAGUUGUAUUAGAAAUAUAGUGCAAAAUGAAGGAGGAUUCGCAGCUUUGUACAGAGGAAUGACGCCAGCCCUUUUAGGGAUUGUACCAUAUUCUGGUCUCUAUUUUUAUACUUUCGAGGAGUUUAAACGUUUUGUUUUGGAACACUUUCCUCACUGGUGUGGAACAUAUGUUGAUGACAAAUUGUUGUUGAAUAUUCCAUCCAAACUUCUUUGCGGAGGUCUUUCAGGCGCUGUUUCCCAAUCAUUAUCAUACCCAUUAGAUGUGGCUCGACGAAGAAUGCAACUUAGCAUGAUGCAACCUGAAACUUAUAAAUACAGUAAAGGAGUUCUCUCUACGCUCAUAAUAACAUAUAAAGAACAUGGAAUAGUCAGUGGACUUUAUAGAGGCAUGUCUAUCAAUUAUCUGCGUGCUAUUCCAAUGGUUGCUGCUUCAUUUACCACUUAUGAAAUUAUAAAACAAUAUCUUGGAUUGGACACUAGUAUUAAUGCAUAAGAGUAGUUGAAUCACGACUCUAGGUCACUAGUCAAAUCGGUUAUUUAGUAACCAUUUCUGAUGCAUUUCACAAAGAAAUUAAUUUAAAAAUUUAUGUUGAUAAGUUACUUAAUAUUUCAUUAAAUUUUCAUUACAAUUAAGUA